AUGGCAGCUAAAGCACACUACGAUCAUCUCUUUAAAAUCUUAAUUAUUGGUGAAUCAGGAGUUGGUAAAACUGCUAUUAUGCAAAGACUUUGUGAAGAUACAUAUGAUAAUGUAUAUAUUUCUACUGUUGGUGUCGAUUUUAAACCUAAAAUAUUAAAUAUUAGAAAUAAAACUGUUAAAAUGCAAAUUUGGGACACUGCUGGACAAGAAAGAUUUAGAAACAUUACAGCAAGUUAUUAUCGUAAUGCACAAGGUGUUAUUAUUGUAUAUGACGUCAAUGAUAUUGGAACAUUAGAAAAAGUUGAUAGCUGGUUCAAUGAAGUUAAGGAACGAACUGGUGCUAAUCCUCCAGUUGUUUUCCUUGUUGGAAAUAAAUCAGAUUCUCCAAACCCAACUGUAAGUAAAGAAAUGGUUAAAAACGUUGUAAACAAAUUAGGUGGUAUUCCUGAAUAUAAUUGUUCUGCUAAAGAAGGGACUGGAGUAAAUGAAAUAUUUAAUGCUUUAGCUGAAGCUAUGAUGGAUAAAUCAAAUCAAGGAAGUAAUGGAUCAUCAAAACCAAAUGAACUUACAAAUCUGACUGAUAAACCAAAGGACAAUGGAAAAGGAUGUUGCUAA